CAUACAAUUCUAAUAGAGAAUUUUUUUGGAAGAAAACUAGAAGACGUGUUAGUAUGAAGAAGACAACUUCACUUGUAUUUCUUGUUAGCUUACUUAUCAUAUUUGCCUCAGUUUUGAAUCAGGUAAAAGCAGAAACAUGCGACGACAACCUAGGUCUUUGUAAGAAUUGCGACCAAAGGUGUAAGGCCAAACACGGGCCAUCGAGUGUAAGCAAAUGUAACGGUCCGGAGGGGACGUGCAUGUGCACCCACGAAUGUGCACCAGCGCCAAAACUUUUCCCAGCCAAAGUGUGCGUUGGUGCGAUUGAUAUGUGCACUGAUACUUGUCCUCUGAGUUGUUGUGAUAGACUAUGCGCAAUAAAAUACAAAAAUGGACGUGGGGGUUGUGUCAACUAUGUUGGUUAUAGGAUGUGUAUAUGCGAGUACUCUUGCUAAAACAUAUUGACAAAUUUCGUAAACAAAUAAUAUGGUGAUAUCUAUUAAUUUAGAUUAAUUUCGAUUCGAUA